AUGGCUUUUGCGCCCGUGGGGCCUGAGGCCUCGUUCUUUGAGGUUCUGGAGCGGCACAGGGCUUCCCUGUUGGCCGCGCGGAGCGGUAGCGGGGACCGCCCUGACGCGGGGACUCGCCUGGCCUCCAGCCCCGAGGUUCUCGCCUCCAUAGAAAACAUCGUGGAAGACGUGGUCAGGAGCCUGGCGAGACGGGAAGCCCCGGCGUUGGCGGUGGCCGACAGAGCGAGCUGGCAGAACGUGAAGUUUGCAGAGUCAGCGGGUCUGCAGAUGGCACCUCACUGCACCACAAGAAAGGUCAGAAGUGACUCACCAAGAUCCGCUCAAAAAUUUGCUCUAAUUCUUAAAAUACUGUCCAUGAUUUAUAAAUUAGUACAGAGCAACACUUACGCAACCAAAAGAGACAUAUACUACACGGACAGCCAGCUCUUUGGAAGCCAGACUGUGGUGGACAGCAUUAUCGAUGACAUUUCUUGUAUGUUAAAAGUGCCACGGAGGAGUCUACAUAUAUCAUCCACGUCCAAAGGUCUAAUUGCUGGCAAUCUGAGCUACGUGGAGGAAGACGGCACCAGGGUGAGCUGCACCUGCGGGGCCACAGUUGUUGCUGUGCCAUCUAAUAUUCAAGGAAUUCGAAAUCUAAUUACAGAUGCAAAAUUUCUAUUAAUUGUAGAAAAGGAUGCAACAUUUCAGCGGCUCCUAGAUGACAACUUUUGCAGCAGAAUGUCUCCAUGCAUCAUGGUUACGGGAAAGGGGACACCUGACCUGAACACAAGGCUCUUGGUGAAGAAGCUGUGGGACACGUUCCACAUCCCCGCGUUCACCCUCGUCGACGCCGACCCACACGGCAUAGAAAUAAUGUGUAUCUAUAAAUAUGGAUCCAUGUCGAUGUCUUUUGAAGCCCAUCACCUCACAGUUCCGGCUAUCAGAUGGCUUGGGCUCCUCCCUUCUGAUAUUAAAAGGUUAAACGUACCUAAAGAUGGUUUGAUUCCACUGACCAAACGGGACCUGAUGAAGUUGGACAGUAUCCUGAAGAGACCUUACAUCGCCUGCCAGCCGCUCUGGCGAGAAGAGAUGGAAGUAAUGGCCAACUCGAACCUGAAGGCGGAGAUCCAGGCCCUGACCUUCCUGUCAGCUGAUUACCUCUCCAGAGUGUAUCUGCCUAACAAAUUAAAAUCCGGAGGAUGGAUAUAA